AUGUGCUUAAUUAUAAAACGCUUAUAUACUCUCAUUGACAUAAUUUGGCCCCCACGAAUUCCCCUAAGAUGUGAACCAAGUCGAGUGAAAAACAUGUUACCUUCGUAUGGCCUCAUACCAGAUGAAGUUUCCGAUUCUGAAGAGGAGCUACGCAAUCUUGAAGACAGAGCUGCUGGUGAGGAUCGUGACGGAGGUGGUGCUGAUAAGAGAAGCGAUAUGGAAUCUACUAUACGCGUUCACCUUCAGGAUGAUAAGCAGUACGCAGGAACUGUUGAGAAUGUAUCAAUGCUUGUGAAAAAACGUGACAAAGCAAAAGGCAAAACUCCCAGCGAAAAGAAGAAAAAAUCAAUUCUAAAAGUAAGGGCAUUGUCGCCGGCACAACAACAAGAAAGUGACACUGCCGGCAGCAGGGAACCGAAUGCAGUGAGAAAGACUGUUAAAUCGGUCGAACUCGAUUCAGGAAUGAGAGAAAUGAUGAACAAAGAGGCGGUGAAACUUUAA